AUGCGAUUUCUACGUAGAGUAGCUGGUUUGACACUUCGAGGUAAAACCAGAAGUUCCAGCAUACGUGAAUCUCUACAAAUUGAACCACUUUUUCUUCAUAUUGAACGUUCACAAUUACAAUGGUUUGGACAUGUCCUAAGAAUGCCACAAAAUCAGUUACCGUACCAAAUAUUCCAAGCUAUACCAACGGGAAAAAGACCAAUCGGACGACCAAGAACAAGUUGGCGCAAAUACAUCGAAAAACUCAGCCAGGAGCGUCUAGACCUCCAAUGGUCCGAGGUACAACAAGCGGCGAAAGUCCGAAACCGGUGGAAACUACUACUGAACGGGCUUAAACCCCGACCCGAACGGACAAGAGGAAGAAAAUGAAUGAAUGAAUGAAUAGCAAUUGUUAAAUCAUGUCUAACAAAGUCAUUACUUUUCGAACGCAAUUCAAUACCAUACGUGUUAAAUACUCAAAAAUUAGGCCUUCUAAAAAAUCAACGAGUGAUAGCAAAUAAAGUUUAGGAUUACUGGUCGUAUGAAAAAUAUGUUCUGUAGAGUGUGGUUCAAAAGUAAGUUUAUUUACUUGACGAGGAAUUUGUGGUAGGACUU